AUAACUCAAAAAAAAACAAAAAAACGCUGACUUCUCCAAAAUGGACUGUUAAUGUAUUGUAAAAUAAAUACUAAAUCAUACUAAAGUACCGUACUGGGGCCUCCACUCCCAGUCAGGAAGGGCGCUGUGGCGACCCCGUAAGGGACAAGCCGAAAGAAACAAACACACACUAAAUACUUCUUUUGGUGAAAAGCGGCGGAUCGAGGCCGCGCCUUGCCACUUUCCACUCCCACUGACGUCAUCGUCCAAAAAGCCGGGAGGGGUUUGUAUUGCGGCACCUGCCCCGCCUGCCCCCGAACCGGAUUCCGCAUCUCAGCCAAACUUGGAGGUUUUGCCUUUCGUGAACCGAACGCUGGGCCCGCGGAAGGAGUCCGAUGAGUCUCGCGCGGAGACUUUAACUCGGUCCGCGCUUCCAAAGAGGGACGACGGCCCAAAAGCCGAACUCGGCAGAACUUGGCCGCUGCGCCAGCGGCGGUGCUGCGGAUUCGGAGUGGGGUUCGGCCGCAAAGCCGGCAUGAAGUUCAUUCAACAUCUGCGUCUUUGAAUCGACUUCGUCCUGCAGUCCAAAGUUUGGCUAUUAUUCUGAAGGGGUCAACGGAGUGGAACGGACACGCUCCCAACGGCCCGAGCCCCGCAGGCGCGUCGUCCAGAGCCCGUCCCCGGCCAGGCGGUCUCCAGGGGCCAGUGGGACGGCAAAUACGAGUUCCUGCUUUCUUGCCUGGGGAACGUGUGGCGCUUUCCCUUACCUCUGCGAUCGCAACGGAAGGCGGUAAGAGACGCAAUCGCUCGCUUUCGCGCCGACGGUUCGCCUCCGCUCGGCCAAUCCGAGGCUUCGGACUCCCUGCCGGGGACGUUUCUUUUCGCGACUGGCGUGGACAGAUCCCGCACUUGGCCGUGAUUUUCUUCACCUGCAGUGGAACUCGUUGCGAGCCGACGAAAGCCCAAACAAUCUCGCCGGUCGCUCACAUUCGGUACCCCCGAGUUCCACUCCGGGAAAGGAAAUGUCGCUUUCCUUGCUCGACGGGGCGUGGUCGUCCUUCUGCCCGCCCAACGCCGGAACGUCCGUCCUCCCGUCCUUCCGUCCUCUCGCGGACCUCCUUGUACUCUUGCAGGCGUCUUCCUCAUCCCGUACUUCCUCACGCUGUUUGUCACCGGGGUGCCGCUCUUCCUCAUGGAACUUUCUCUGGGCCAGUACGUCACCGUGUGGAAAUGCUGCCCUCUGCUCAAAGGUGAUGACCGCAUCCCCCAGCAAACAAACGUCGACUUCGGAAGACCCGCGGGGGCUACUUUUUUUUUUUUUUUUCGCCCCAGGAGCUAACCAACUGGUGCACUUCCCAAGAUCUUCUGCUGACUCUUUGGUGCUGUGCUUUAUAUUUCUCUAGAAAGGAAGAAAGAAAGGUCGUAUCUUGACCUUGCAAAGAGGACAAAAUGGAACUACGGCCUUUACGAUUCAUUUCAAAAUCUGCACAAGAGCAAAUAAGAUCAAAUAAGUCGAAUUUGCGGGCGCGUUUGCAAACCUUCCCGCCCGCGAUCCGUGUUUGCAGGCAUCGGCGUCGGGAUGCCGUGCGUGGCCGCGCUGGUGUCGCUCUACUACAAGGUGAUCGUAGCCUGGACCUUUUAUUAGCUGGGCAGCUCGUUCCAGAGCCCGCUGCCCCGGUCGUGCGACGCCCCCUCCGAGAUCUUCUGGAACGAGCGCGUGCUGGGCGUGGCGGACAGCGCGGGCCUUCCCGACCCGGGUCCGGUCCGCUCGCCCCUGGCCCUGUGCCUCCUGGCUGCCUGGAUCAUCGUCUUUCUGCGCACGCUGAAGGGCAUCCACAGCGCCGGCAAGGCGGUCUACGUGACGGCGACGUUCCCGUACUUGGUACUGCUGGUUUUGAUCAUCAGAGGCGCGACGCUGGAGGGUUCUCUUCAGGGCGUCGCUUUCUACCUCACACCAGAGUGGAGACGGUUAGCCAGUGCGCAGGUUUGGAACGAUGCGGCGUCUCAGAUCUUCUACUCGUUGGGGGAGUGCUUUCCAUGGCGUCCUACAAUAGGUUUGACGUCAGGGACACGGUAAUCGUCACCAUGGGGAAACUGCCUCUCCAGCUUCUUUGCGGGAUUUGCUAUAUUUUCCGUCCUGGGCCACAUGGCGUGGAGGAAGUCCGGGAUUGGCGUUCGCGGCUUACCCGGCCGGAGGCCCUGGCGCUGCUGCCGGGUUCGGCGUUCUGGUCCGUUCUCUUCUCCCUGAUGCUUUUCGCGCUGGGAAUCGACACGCUCGUAAGACGGCCCCGCCCGACGUCCGUCCGGCUUUUUCGCCAGCUGCCUUUUUGUGCCGUCUGCGCGCGGCAGUUUGGCAACAUCGAGGGCAUCACCGCGGCGGUGCUGGACGAGUUUCCGCAACUGCGAGGGAACGCCAAGCGCGAGUCCUUCUUUCUGGCCGUGCUCAGCCUUUGCUUCUACUUGACGGGUCUCCUGCUGCUCACCGAUGUAGGUUGUCUUUCUUUCUUUCUUUCUUUUGAAUUGACCAACGCAUGGGGCCGGCGUUGCGCGCCCACCGUGUCGUCCUCACAGGGGGGCAUGUACUGGUUCACGCUCGUCGACUCGUUUAGCACCAGUUUCGGCCUCAUCAUCAUCACCCUCUUCAUGAGUCGACCAGUUUUGCCGGGACAUCGUGGACAUGAUCCGGCACUGCCCUCCGUGGUGCAGCAAAGUUUUGGUGUACUUCAAAGCGUGCUGGCUGCUCUUCACUCCUUUCCUUCUUUUGUGCCCUCUAGUGUUCAUACUGAAGCACGAUCCAACUUGAAAUGCCUUCUUUAUUGUGGAAAGUGUUGUGAAAAGAUGCCGUUGGAUGUGACGAUGUCAGUAAGAAGGAGUCGUUAUCUUGUAUUUGGAAAUCCUGCCCAUCACAAUUGCAUGGGCGUUAUCGCGCUUCCACAAAACCAUUCGACCGCUGAACUCCCGGCGGAGGAUCUAUUCACAGUCACUCUCACGGACAUGGACUUCAGUGCCGUGACGUGGGAGGAGCGACGUGACGGCGCCAGGAAAAAACAACACUGCUAGAUGAUAUUAUU